AUGCUCCCACACAUCGCAACACAGCAGCGGGCGUCCGAGCUUCUCCUUGAGCGGGGAGCCGGCGUCAUGGGUCUGCACGAUGUCGGUGCUGCCGUCCUCCUUGAGCACGAGCCAUCCCCAACCGGAACCGAAGUGGCCGGCAAGGAGGUUGGAGAAGUCCUGUUUGAAGGCGGAGAAGGAGCCGAACUUCUCCUCAAUCUUCUUGCGGAUGGGUCCGGUGGGCUCGCCGCCGCAGUUCGGCCCCAUGGAGUUCCAGUAGAACGUGUGGUUCCAUAUUUGUGCGGCGUUGUUGAAUAUCGCACCUGUCUGUCCAACGACGAGUUCUGCGGUUUCAUGACCCCCUCUGUUUCGCGAGUGUGA